AUGCAGGCCUCCAGCUCCAGGUCUGUACACCUGAGUGACUGGCAGAAGAAUUACUUUGCACUUACAUCUGGUACAUGUACACCUGGACAGAAGGCAGAUGCCUACCGAGCGCAGAUACUCCGCAUUCAGUAUGCAUGGGCAAACUCUGAUAUCUCCCAGGUCUGUGCUACUACACUGUUCAGAAAAUAUGCAGAGAAAUAUUCUGCAGUUAUUGAUUCUGACAAUGUUGAAACUGGCUUGAAUAACUAUGCAGAAAGCAUUUUAACUCUUGCAAGAUCUCAGCAAACUGACAGUGACAAAUGGAAGUCUGGAUUGUCAGUAGAUAAUGUGUUUAAACUGAGCAAUGUGCAGGAGAUGAUGCGUGCUGGCAAGAAAUCCAAAGACUCUCUGUUGGCGCCUGCUGAUGCAUCACUAGUCAUCCACAAAGGGGCCACUGUCUUUGACCUUCCUGCAUUUAGCGUUUGUGGUGGUUCCGGGGAGAGCAACCUGUUGACUAACUCAGCCCAUGGUGCUGACAGGACUCAAGAGUUUGCAGAGGGUGGUCCUUCUUUGACGUGCCCUCAGAGUGCGCAGCCACCUCUGGUCAUUAACACCACUAAGACGUGUCCUGUAGCCUCAGCACCUUUUGGUGAGUCAGCCCUUGCAAAGUUCCAUGCCAAACCAUUAUUUGGGAAUGUCAAAAUGGAAAAUAACAGCUUUCUAAAAGGAAAUAUAGGUCUCAAUGUGUUCUCAUCUAAUCAGUCUUGUUUUCCUUCUUUCUGUGAAAAUACACGGGACAGAAAAGCUUUUUAUGGUGCUCGCACCACUGAUGCACUUUCCACCCCAAUACUGAAUAAGGCUUUUAGUAAAACAGAAGAUAAUGGCCAAAGAGGGGAGAGCAGCCUGCCUGCUUUUAAAACUGCAAAGGAACAGUUAUGGGUAGAUCAGCAGAAAAAGCACCACCAGCCCCAGCGUGCAUCAGGGUCUUCAUAUGGUGGAGUGAAAAAGUCUCUGGGGGCUGGUAGAUCCCGGGGGAUAUUUGGAAAGUUUGUUCCUCCUGUACCUAAGCAAGAUGGGGGAGAUCUGGGUGGGGGGAUGCAGUAUAAGCCUCAGGGUGCAGGUGCUGCAGACCCAGCACAUCCCAUGGACGAGCGUUUGAAGAACUUGGAGCCCAGAAUGAUUGAACUUAUUAUGAAUGAGAUUAUGGAUCAGGGACCUCCAGUAAAUUGGGAAGAUAUCGCAGGCGUGGAAUUUGCCAAGGCCACAAUAAAGGAGAUAGUUGUGUGGCCCAUGUUGCGGCCAGACAUCUUCACUGGCCUACGAGGACCCCCUAAAGGCAUUCUGCUCUUCGGUCCCCCUGGCACUGGUAAGACUCUGAUUGGCAAAUGCAUUGCUAGUCAGGCUGGGGCAACGUUCUUCAGUAUCUCUGCUUCCUCCUUGACUUCCAAGUGGGUGGGUGAGGGGGAGAAAAUGGUCCGUGCAUUGUUUGCUGUAGCAAGAUGUCAGCAACCAGCUGUGAUAUUUAUUGAUGAAAUUGAUUCCUUGUUAUCUCAGCGCGGAGAUGGUGAGCACGAAUCUUCUAGAAGGAUAAAAACCGAAUUUCUAGUUCAGUUAGAUGGGGCAGCCACAUCUUCUGAAGACCGUAUUCUAGUGGUGGGAGCAACCAACCGGCCACAAGAAAUUGACGAGGCUGCCCGGAGAAGGCUGGUGAAAAGGCUGUAUAUUCCCCUCCCAGAAGCUUCAGCCAGGAAACAGAUAGUAGUUAAUCUGAUGUCCAAGGAGCAGUGCUGCCUCAGUGAGGAGGAGCUCGCACUGGUGGUGCAGCAUUCUGACGGGUUCUCUGGGGCAGACAUGACUCAGCUGUGCCGGGAGGCGUCUCUGGGUCCUAUUCGCAGUUUGCAGGUUGUUGACAUUGCCACCAUAACGCCUGAUCAAGUUCGCCCAAUAGCUUACAGUGACUUUGAAAAUGCUUUCAGAACUGUGAGACCUAGUGUAUCUCCUGAAGAUUUAGAGCUUUAUGAAAACUGGAAUAGGACUUUUGGUUGUGGAAAAUAA